AUGAAGAAGAUAAAUUCUGAGAGAAGUGAACCGUCAAUUCCUCAAGAAAUAAUGUUUGAAAUAUUCUCGUGGCUUCCUAUCAAGUCAUUAAUGCGUUUUAGGUGCGUUUCCAUAUUAUGUAAUUCUCUUGUAUCGGAAUCAGAUUUUAAGGAUAUACAUAGAUGUCGCUCUAGGACCCGAAAAAAAUUCUUUCUAUACGAAAGUGAAUCAGUUUUUUACAGUGCUGAGCAAAAAGAAGAUGGAAAAGACUCUACUGCCUUUCUUCAAAUUGAGAGAUUGGUUCUUACUUUAGGUAUAGACAAGUUAUGGAGAGAGACUAAAAGCUCCCUUCGUUUUAUGCCCAAGCCCGGGGUUUACAUCAAUGGAGUUCUGUAUAAGUUUCUUUACCAUGGCGAACACAGACUGGUAUAGUUGUAUUUGAUGUUAAAACUGAAAAUUUCAAAGUUAUUGCAUUGUGGGCAUCAAACAUGCAGUUUUGUGAGUUGACAGAGGUGAAGGGUCAACUAGCUGUCAUUGAUUAUGAAAAAUGCUGACAUGGAUAUAUCCAAUUGCGAGUUUAGAAAAAACUCAGAAAGACGAAGAACGGGAGAGUUAUUUCAUUUCCUUUCCGUUAAUGUGGAAGCACAUACAACCCCCGAAGACAUAUCGUCAUGCACGUCCGGUAAUGGGGAGAUUGUAUUCGUCCUGAACUUCACGUCAGGUGCUUUAUGCUGGUGUUAUGAUGUCAUGAGAAAGAGGUGGAGAAAAUUAGAAAUAAAGGGGCUUCCUAAGAAGAGCAGCUACAUUAAAGACAUUUAUAGUUACGUCG